UGCUGUGGACGCUGAAGGAUUUCUCCUUCGCGGCAGGUAAACGUGAUAGCACGAGCGGUUACGAUAUGUAAUGACCGAGACAGACCCAAAGAAAGCAUGGAAGCUUGUUUUCUACGUGGUCUCGUGUUCGUCGUCUUGGCGGCUUGGACAUUAGGAGACGAUGGACAGGUGACAUUUGUAUCUGAGCUCUCGUCCAAACUUCCUCAGAAGCUGUCAAAGUAUGGUUGGUAUGGUAACGUGAGGCUGCAGAGGUUCCACAUACCGGAGCAGACUGUCAUGGCUCGCUGGCUGUUCUCUGUGACGAAGGGCCACAGCUUCCACUGUGGGCAACACAACGUCACCAUUCAUUUACGAUGGGGUGCCCCUCCAGUCAUAAACCCAAUAGGGUUGGCGUUUCCCAAUUCAACAUUUUGGAGUCCCUUUUUGUCUCUGACUUUGCCGGUAACGUCACAGAACUCCACGACUUUUAACCUCUCCAACCCUGCACCAGGUGAUUGGUUCGUUGCUGCUCACUUGCCUGAGGACGACGGGCGCAUAGAGCAGAAGGGCUUUCCGUCCUGCUCCUAUUUCUUCCAGCCUCAGCUGUCGGUCAGGAGAGCGGUGGAUACACCCGUUUUACAGCAGGGCAAAUUCCUCACACAGACCACAGCUCCUGACAAACCUGCACGCCUUAAAGUGUACGUUCCAGAGUUUGCCUCCUCUCUCACGAUCUCCGUGACGGGCUGUUCGUCAGAUGAGGGAGUGGAGGGGAACUGUCCACUGGUCCUGAGGCUCGGCUCGGCUUCUCUGCAGCACAGUCAAGUUGCAGGGAACUGCUCUGAGACCGGUUGCUCAGCAACUCUCUCUAAUCCACCCUGGGACACCUGGUUGCGAGUCGUCGUGGAGAGCAGCCAAGUUAACCGUACUGUGACCUUCAGCAUUGUCUCAAACUACACAGUGGGAUGUAAGCCAGAAAGCGUAGGCCUUAAAGCAGAUGAUGACCUGAACAAGCUCCGCAGCAUCAGGACCUCCAUAGGCAGCAGCCUGGUGGUUGCAGACGCAGUCGCCCCUAGCAACCAAUCAGAAGCCCUGCUAGCGUCGCUGUCGGCAUCGGCUUGCGUGUGGAGCAUCCCCGUGCUCACCGAGGAGCUGGAUGUUCUCUCACUCCGGUUCACCCCCGUCAGUGGACCCAACAUCAGCGUUACAAACACACACCCCACACUACUCACCUACCCCCUGCAGGCUUCAGUCACAGGUGGCACGCUCAACCUGCAGCUCACACUCAACACUACUAAUGGAACCAUGGGGAACAGCAGCAGCGUGGUCGCCUGUUUCUCUCCCUGGGCUCCAGUCCUUCAACUCAACAACUCUCAGCCCUGUCGCACAGAUUUGUUUGGAGGAUACGGCGUCGCUGUGAACGCCAGUGCUCCCAAAGCCCAGGUCAGGCUUCCUUUUCCUCAGGCUACAACGUGGUACCUCACCCUGCAGCUCAUAUGCAACAGCGACAACUGUGGCAAUACAUCUGUGGUGUCUGUGGUCCCAGACGUGUUUAUCAGUGCCUGUGUGGAUGACUGCGGGACAUACGGCGACUGCAGACUGCUGAGGUCCUACUCCUACAUGUACACUGCUUGUGUCUGCAAGGCUGGCUGGAAGGGUUGGGGCUGCACCGACGAUUCAGCAGCUCUGUCGUACAGGCGGCAGUUGACGGCAACUCUGUUGCUCACGCUCAGCAACCUGUUAUUCCUGCCUGCCAUCGUGGUGGCCGUCAAACGCUGCUUCAUCACUGAGGCGUCCGUCUACCUCUUCACCAUGUUCUUCUCCACGUUCUACCAUGCGUGUGACCAGCCCGGCGUAGCUGUAAUGUGUAUAAUGGACUAUGAUACCCUCCAGUACUGUGACUUCCUGGGCUCGGUGUGUUCCAUCUGGGUCACCAUCCUGUGCAUGGCUCGCAUCAGAGACACGUUCAAAUAUACUCUAUUCAUGCUCGGGGCUCUGCUGAUUGCCAUGUCGAUGCAACUGGACCGUAAAGGCCUGUGGAACAUGCUGGGCCCCGUCCUCUGUGUCAUACUGAUCAUGGUCACUUCCUGGGUGUACCGAGGGGUGCGCCGACGCCAUUGUUACCCUCCCUCUUGGCAACGCUGGGUCUUCUACCUGAUCCCCGGCAUACUGUGCGCCCUAAUCGGCGUCUGUCUGUACGUGUUCGCUGAGACGGAGGACAACUACUACUACAUACACUCGCUGUGGCACAUCCUGGUGGCCGGCUGCGUGGUGCUGCUGCUGCCCCCCAGGGAGAAGGAGAGGGAGUCGUUCGGCUGGAGCAGGGGCUGGCGCUGGACCUGGACUUGGAGCUGGAGACCCCAGGUUUGUGGUUAUACACUCUGCCACAGCAGCAAGGAAGAACUCUACACUGUCACGUAGGUGACGAGGAGACACGGAAGAAAUGAAGUGAGACGUUCACGCACAGCAGACAAGGACAUUGUGUCUGCGGUGUGGACAGAAUGAAGAAUCUGAGCUUGAAUAGCAAAUUUUUGAGUCAAAUUACAGACCUAUAUUCUAAUAGGUUGCGAUGCGUUCACAUGAAGUGUGGAAUUGGUUUUCUAAAAGUUUUAAGACAGAGAAAAAAAAAAAAAUCAACUUACGGAUAUCCUGAAAUCUUUUCAUUCAUCUCGAACCCAACCUGCAGAACCCUCCACCGCGGUCCAUUUUACCAGCAUAGGUGUGAACAUCACAACCUUCAGGUAGAACAUUGACGAUGACCUUUGACCUCACAAUCAGAGUUUGUGCAUAUUGUUUAUAUACAUAUUUUAUUAGACUAGGAAUGAAUGUUUGAAAUAUUUAUAAGAAAUAGCACUUUGUGGAACUGUUUUAAAUCAACGAUCCUGCUGCUGUAAUGUGCUACAUUUACACUCCUUGUUUCGCUUCUCCAGAAUUUGAAAGUGGCUUCAGCCCUUUGAUCCGUUUUAGAAUGUGAUUGGAACUAGGAAGUAGUUUUAGCAUUCCAUAAAUACUUAAGCUCACUAGUAUUUGUAGCCUUCCUUGAAGAAUACUGAAUAAUAGAGAUUAAAAACAUUUAUCUAAUAGAGGCCAUUUGAAACCAGGAAAAAGCGCCUUUGCCAAAGUCUGCUUGUCACAUUUAUCGCGCCUUCAGUAUUGGCAGCCUCUUAUAAGAGUCCUUCAGUGGUUUAGCGUUGUAUUCAAAUUGCCGGACUCUUCCAUUGAAGUGAAUGAGAAGGUGUGUCCAAACUUUUAACUGGUAGUGUAUAAAUAGAUAUAUAUAUAUAUAUAUAUUCACACGCUCUUUCUUCCUGGCAACUACAUUACCAACAAUGCAACAUCAGCAGUUCAGUCAGAGAUUUGGGUGUGUUUUGAUAUCAGGAGCGUGUGUCAGAGUUUCUGGUAAGUUCACCUCUUUCUUAACCAAUGCUCUGAGAUUUUUUAAACCCAGCAGACUCAAAUGAUAUCACUUGAAGGAGUUUGUCAUAUUUUCCUCAGUCGCCUCUGGACCCACAAAAAAAAAAAUAAAAAUCCAUAAAACUUUAUUUCAUUAAAUUUUAUUCAUAUACACCAAAAAACCAUCCAAAAUGUUUCUAGAUGCUUCACAGAACUCGGAGCCCUAAACCCCCAGGAUACACUAAGACGCCUGUGACCCGGCUCAUAUAGGGGAGAAACCAUCUGCUUAUUUACAGAAUCAGUGUAAUUUCCCUUUAAAUGUCUUGCGUUUCUGUGCAACACUGUCUUGGCCGCGGUGUCAUUCAGGGCUUUCAGUCAAGCGUGGAUGUAAACAAGCGUAGGAAUGAGUGGGUGCAGUGUUUAUGCACCGAUUUACAUGCAGCUCGCACUGACCAUUCUCUCACUCUAAAACCUCAGUAACAUUUUAGCGCCAUCCAUUCGGAAGCACUUAACGUUAAGAGGCUGAUUCAACAGUGUGGUCUGCACACCCUGUGUGUGCAUGAAUCUGCUCUCAAUGAAUGUACAUUCAGGUUACUGUGUAGUGCCUCCUCUCCUGUCUGUGUGUUUUGUCUCCAGCAACACUAAAGCAACUGAACGCUUUCCUUACUUUAUUAUCUUUUGUUUUCUAUUCUGUUAUUUUGAUGUGUUGUCUGUUUUGAAGUGUUCCUACUGCAAUGUUUUUUUUGUUGUGAUUUUGCACAGGUUCAUAUUGAACGUCUCUGACUGUAAUACUUGCAUCGCCUUCUUUGUAUUGCCCAAUAUUGUUUCUCUCAUUUGUCUGAGCGUGAUUGUCUUUCUUUUGUUUUCACGAUUAAGCCCGCGUGUACUGAUAGGAAGAAAAAUGAAUGCAAUCUUCGAUAUAAAAUGUGUUUUUACUUCCCUGUACUGGGCAAUUACUUUUCGGUCGGUUAAAAAUCAUGAACAACAUUUACCCUACCAAAAAUAAACCUGUUGUAUAAGGAGAAA